AUGAGAACGAGCAUCAUCCCAUCUCAAAGCAAAUUGCUUAUCAUCACAAGAAUUCUCAAUUACAUCGAACAUGGGUCAGGUUAUCAGCAUUUUCUCGCCAACUCAGACGAGAAAGAAGCCAAAGCUAGAGAGCAGCUCGAUAUCCUCAUGAAGCUGGCAGAUGCCCGAUUGGACAGUUUUGAAGGAGAGCUGAUAGCAAUGUUCCUCGACAAUGGUUCGGCAGCGAAGAGAAGCGUGCCCGGCAAAAGAGCGCUUCGUUUUGAGAGAUCAGUUCGCGUGGACACGAGCUCAGAGGGAUCCCCUGGUGUCGAGCAAGCCGUCGAUGCUUUCUUCGGUAUGGGCGACACCGGAGCUAAAGGCGCCCUCGAAGGCUUCAAAUCCGUCGUGAAAACUGGUCUCAAGCAAAUUCUGGGUGACACAUCGGCUGGUGAGAGUUACGAUAAGAAGUUCUUCGUCUGCAUCAAACACAAUGCCAUCAUCAGAGUCGACAUGUAUACCUACCGAUACAACUUCUCGAAUGAAGGUGUGAUAGCAUCACACAAGAAUGUUCUGGCUUACAUAUUGUGCACAUCUGUGGUUGACCACAAUGAUCUUACGGUUGAUGAGAUGGUCUAUCUUGCGUCCGAGUUCGCGGGUGACGCACGUACAGAGUACGAAGCGUAUCUCAAUGGCUUGAUCGAGGUUUGGAGGAAUCUCAGGGCCCAUGAGGUGACUGUCAAGGCAGCACUACCCAACAUCGUGCCAUUAGCGAUCACAGCGUAG